GAAAAUUUUCAUUGAAUCAAACGCGAGCUGCAUUUUUUUGGUUAACUGAAAACAUUGGUGAAAGUUGAAAUUUUACAAAUCAAAUCAAAUAAUCAUGCCGAUCCUGAAUCUUGGUGAUGAUGAUGGACCAAAAUUUGUUGGCAUCAAAUUCUGUCAAGAAUGUAAUAAUAUGUUAUAUCCAAAAGAGGAUAAAGAUUCUCGUGUUUUACUUUAUGCAUGUCGAAAUUGUGAUUUUAAACAAAUGGCCGAAAAUAGUUGUGUCUAUGUGAAUCGUAUUAUGCACGAGAUUGAUGAAUUGAGCCGAAUCGUUCCGGAUGUUAUUCAUGAUCCAACAUUACCACGAACCAAAGAACAUCCUUGUCCACAUUGUGGCCAUAAAGAAGCUGUAUUUUUUCAAGGACAAUCACGUCGUGCUGAAGAAGAUAUGCGAUUAUAUUAUGUUUGUACCGAACCAAAAUGUACACAUAAAUGGACAGAAUGAUCUCUCUCUCUCUUUUUUCAAGUAUUAUUAGCGAAAAACAAAUGAAAGGGAAAAUUGAAUUUUUUUUUUAUUUUGAU